AUGCAGGCCGAAGCUACAAUAUGCCAGCUCUCGUCACGGAUCGCGCACCUGGAGCUGGAGACGACUUACCUUUGCUACCACGAGUCGCUCGCUCCUCAGGCUGUUUUUAUGGAGGUGCGGAGGAAUCGAAGGAACCGCUGGUACCAGUUAGCGACGCGGAGCCGCUCAGCGCCUCUCUCCCCUCGCAGCUCCCGGCGCCUGGUGACCCUGGCCCGCGGCCUGGCCCCCGCCUUCCUGCGCUUCGCGGGCAAGAGGACGGAUUUCCUGCACUUCCAGAACGUGAAGAACCCGGCCAAGAGCCGCGGCGGGCCCGGCCCCGACUACUACCUCAAGAACUACGAGGACGACAUUGUGCGCAGCGACAUUGCCCUGGAUAAGCAGAAAGGCUGUAAGAUCGCCCAGCACCCAGACAUUAUGCUGGAACUGCAGAGGGAGAAGGCAGCCCAGAUGCACUUGGUUUUGUUAAAGGAGCAGUUCUCAAACACGUACAGCAACCUCACGCUAACAGCCAGGUCUCUAGACAAACUCUAUAACUUUGCGGACUGCUCUGGCCUUCACCUGAUCUUUGCACUGAACGCCCUGCGCCGCAACCCCAACAACUCCUGGAACAGCUCCAAUGCGCUCAGCCUGCUCAAGUACAGCGCCAGCAAGAAGUACAACAUCUCCUGGGAGCUGGGCAAUGAGCCCAACAACUACCGGACUCUGAUGGGGCGUUCAGUGAACGGGAGCCAGCUGGGGAAGGACUACGUCCAGCUGAGGAGCCUGCUGCAGCUGAUCCGCACCUACUCCAGAGCCAGCCUCUAUGGGCCCAACAUCGGGAGGCCCAGGAAGAACGUCAUCGCUCUCCUGGAAGGGUUCAUGAAGGUGGCGGGCAGCACGGUGGACGCUGUUACGUGGCAACAUUACUACAUUGACAGCCGCGUGGCCAAAGUGACGGACUUCCUGAAAACGCGCCUGCUGGACACGCUCUCCGACCAGAUCAGGAAGAUCCAGAAAGUCGUGAACGUCUACGCGCCCGGGAAGAGGAUCUGGCUGGAAGGCGUCGGGGCCAGCUCCACGGGAGGCAUGACCAACCUCUCGGACUCCUUCGCAGCCGGGUUCCUGUGGCUGAACGCCCUGGGGAUGCUGGCGCACCAGGGCAUCGACGUGGUGAUGCGGCACUCGUUCUUCGACCACGGGCACAACCACCUCGUGGACCAGAACUUCAACCCGCUGCCGGAUUACUGGGUCUCGCUCCUCUACAAGCGGCUGGUGGGGCCCAAGGUGCUGGCGGUGCACGUGGCGGGGCUGCAGAGGAAGCCGCGGCCCGGCCGGGUCAUCCGGGACAAGCUCCGCAUCUACGCGCACUGCGCCAGCUCCCGCACGUGAGCCCGGGCGGGCCGAGGGCGGUGGGGG